CCAGCCACCGGGUUGGAUCCAUCAGCGGAGACUUGUCAACCGGCUGAUUUCCCUGGCCGAAUGUCCGACGGUGCCUGCAGCUACCAGUUCAGGCUUGCUUGGAAGGAGAACCUCCCCGUUCCUUCACCUUGACCAUUUGGAGGUAGUCGUAACGGCAAUCUUACUCAUAAAGUUUGGAUUCUCCGGCUGAAGUGUGUCGGCAACUUAGCGGUCGAAUUAUUGCCGGACAACAGAUACCUGCUGGGACGGAGUGACGGAGGAAGCCUGCGCUCAAUGAAACCUGCCCUGUGUUGACUAUGACAUGAAUGAAGUCCGACAUGGCCGGGAGAGAUGGUUUGGUUGAGGUCGGCUCGUUCGGACAGGGUGCGGAUGAGGUCGACUGGGACAAUGACUUCAUCCAUCCAGUCGACACCACGACGCAAGUCAUCGUAGAGCAAUACCAGAAAACCGCCUCGUGCAUUGCUGGCCGCUACCUGAAAGGCGUCGUUCUAGGCGAGGGCUCCUAUGGCAAGGUCAAGGAAAUGCUCGAUGUCCUCUCGCUGCAUCGAAGAGCAGUAAAAAUUCUCAACCGGAGGCGUCUCAGGAAAAAGAUCCCUGGUGGCGAGGCGAAUGUGGAGCGGGAAAUCCAACUCUUGCGCAAGUUGAAUCACGAACACGUUGUCAAACUCAUCGAGGUUCUCUACAAUGAGGAAAAGCUCAAAAUAUAUAUGGUCAUGGAGUACUGUGUGUGUCCGCUUGAAGAGAUGCUCAGGAGUACACGUGAUCAGAAGUUUCCAAUCCAGCAAGGACACAACUACUUCUGCCAGACAAUACUGGGAGUAGAAUACUUACAUAGUCAGCGGGUGAUCCACAAGGACCUGAAGCCUGACAACCUGCUGCUAACUCAUCAGCACGUCGUCAAGAUCUGUGAUUUCGGCGUUGCAGAGCAAUUGGACUUGUUCAGCAAUGACGACUCCAUCCACAGCAGCCAAGGAUCACCUGUUUUCCAGCCACCGGAGGUAUCGCUGGGCCACGGGGCAAUAUCAGGAUUCAAGCUGGACAUCUGGGGAGUUGGUGUCACACUGUAUCACUUUGUAUCUGGAGACUAUCCAUUCAUGGGCGAGAAUACAUUUCAGAUUUUCAAGACUGUGGCCAAGGGAGAAUACAAGAUGCCCACUGGCCUCUCAGACAACUUGCAGGAUCUUAUCCGGGGAAUGCUGGAGUAUGAUGCUAGCAAGCGGCUCAGUGUGAACGAAGUCAAACACCAUCUGUGGUUCGUGUCGGCACACACGCUGCAGCGCAAUGAAUCCUGGUUAGCCGUCCCGCCAAUGCAGGACUUUGAGCACGACGAGCUGCGCGGCAUGACAUGCAUCGACACGCUGAUGUCAUUGCAUCAGAACAACCUGCCCACGUGCCCACUGUACCUGACGGACGAACACAUGGCACACUUGAUGAACCGCGGCGCGACUGCCCCAGUUUUCGGCAGCUCGCAAGGCGCUCAGGAGAGCGUUCUCGGUGCUGCUGCGGCGUCGUUCGCCAUGAGCCCACCGCCGCCACCGGACCCGGAUGCGUCGCAUCUUCACCCGCGUGUAUCCAUCGGCUCUCGGUCUGGUCACGAUAUUCUGAAUGUGGAGGGGGCGCAUGACAUCACUGCCAUGCCUGAAGGGGCUGACAACGUGUCUAGGAGCAGUGACAAUGCAGCAAGUCGACGCCAACUAUUCCACUCGGCCAGAGAUAUCUCGUCCAAUGUGACCCAGUUGAGUGCCCGUCGCAUGUCGAACAGCAGCAGGAAGACAAGUACGAGAAGCCACAGCAGCUCUGGGGCGGGUCAAGCACCCCGCUCACAGCUUGCGGAUAAUGCCGGCGGCGGCGGCGGAGAAGCAGCUAUGACAGACGGUUCCACCACGACAGACAGGUUACACAGGCUGCAGGGGCGUCAGCUCUCCAAUAGAGAAGUGAGCAGCGGGGUGCGUGCAACUCGAGCGUCGCUGGCAUCAACGACAUCUGCUCCUGCGACGUCUUCGCAUGGUGUGGCUAGGCGCCGCUACAGGGCCCCCCAGUGUCGUCAGCAAUAAUCAACAACAGCAAACCUAGGUGCUCAAGUCAACGCAAGCAUAGCAUAUAGAACUCAUAAUCGAUAGACCGGUUAAUCUCGUUGAGAUGAUGCAUUAUAGCAAGGUAAUUAGAUUGUACAACAUCAGGAACUUCAUGCAACCGGUCUCUAUGUGUCAUCUUUGAAAGGUUCCACUCUACAGACCCAGUCCGACAUGCAUAAAACCAACCAUGAACCAUAGCACUGUUUUCAUACACACACACACACACACACACACACACACGCGCACACGAUAAAAUGCUACAUGUACUUCAGAAGUAACUAGUGCUGUCAGCGCCACUGCCUCACAACAUUUCCUGAUAGCUGACUUCAUUUCACUACGGGUAGUAUCGCUCUGUUCUACUUAUUCCCCGAUUGAUCCAAAUCCAGGCUGCGACCUAUAAAAGGCUAUAACCGGUAUAAUUAUAUUGCAAGCCCAAAAAGAGUACGUGGGAAAGGA